UCAGGCAGUUAGGCUUCAGACGAGAGGACGGAGCCUGAGGCCGAAUCCAAAGUUUAAAUUUUAAUGUUUCGAAAAGGGCCUAGGUCAAGUUAAUAAAGAACGGUUGGUGGCGCUGUGUUAAGUUCCCGGUAUUUUUUUCAGAAACUUGAAAAUGUUAAGUUUUGGUAAACAUCGUAAAGUCUUCAAUUCCAGGUCUGUUCGUAACAAUGAUGAUCGUGAUAAAUGCUUCAUUUCUAUGAGAUUUCACACCUCGUUUCCUUCGUCCACAGUGUUCGCAGGAACACGUCCUUACUGAGGUGAAGGUGCUAACUGGUUGGAGAACAGAGCUAUUUUAUCAUGGCUGACCAACCUUCGCCGUCAGCAGCAGCUGUGCAUAGAAUCUCUAGACUGAAGGUGGCUGUUGCAUGCACCGUCAUCCGUACUAAGCCAAGUCACUUGACGGCCAAACAGUUUGCAGAGAGCUUGGGGCAGAAGGAAAGGAAGACACAAUCUGAUUGGAAGAGCAGAGCAACGGAACUGGAGGCAGAGCUACUGAGGACAAGACAGCAGUUAGCCAUGACGAGGCUGAGGGAGGAAGGACACUUCCAAGAACAGCAUUCCAUGGACUGGGACGCUGAUGAGAUUGAUACCUCUCAAGAUCCCGAACUCAUCCCGAUUACCUCCUCAGCCUGCCCUGACAGAAUCACCUUCCCAACCCCUCCGUCCUCCAUGCCAACAGAGCCUCCGCCCAAACCCUCCCUCCAUGACCACAUCAGGGCCAACUCCCAAUUCAUCCAUGCCAUGACGAGACUUCACUCAUUACCAGACUCCGCCCGACUCGCACAUCGAGACGUCUCCCUCACUCUGAGGGAUUCAUUCUCGAGCGGCGUUAAACAUCUCCUUGGAUAUCUCGGCAGUCGUUUGGAUUCUAACGAUGCGUUGCCAUGGAAACUGCUGCAGGAUGCAAUUAGAGGGAUUGUGAGGACGCUGGAUUGUUGCAGGAUGAUGGAGGCUAGACGGGAACUGAUCAAGGAUGGGGAGAGGCUGGCGCAGGAGGUGCUGAGAUUAAUCAUGUAUGAUGAUCAUUUGAAUAAGUGUUUCAGGAAGCAGCAGCUUUGCUCACUACUUGUCAGCCUGUCAUCAUCCCAAGAACUCAUUCCUGUAAUUUUGAAUUCCGCCAUCACCCACAUCGAAACUGUAGCCCUCAUGUUACGCCAGUCCCUCUCACAUGGAAGCUUCGAACCACUCCUCUCUGAGAAUAGCUCCUACCUACUGUCAGUGAUGGAAGAUGUUCUGCUGUCUCCACGGACUGGUUCAUCCACAUGCAAGGGGGUGGACGGAUUGAGGAGGGGCAAAAUAGCUGGAUGGAUAGAGAGACUUGAAGAAAGUUUGUUGCAUAUCUCGGAGGAUUUCCCGCUAUUUGCUCAACAUGUGUGGAAGGUCGUCAGUAUUCUAGAGUGGAUCAGAACUUUACAAACUGAAAUUGAAAUUCAAUAAAGGACAUGAGAUUGAGCUGUUACUCAUAUUGUAGACAUGCAUCUUUUAAAGCCAUUGGACACUUUCGGUAAACAGUAUUGUCCAAAGGCCCACACUUCGUGUAUCACAACUUAUAU